GGCACGGCCCGGAGGCUGCCAGAGCUCCGGGAGCGUUUGGACAGGGAUGCCAGGGAUGCUCAGGGUGGGGUUGUUGGGUGCCCGCGCAGGGCCAGCGCUGAGACUCGGUGAUCCUUGUGGGACCCUUCCAACUCGUCAUAUUCCAUGGUUCUUUCAGGUGUUUCUGCUUAGUGUCUCUGCAGGGACCAGGAGGAGAUGCAGAACGACGCCGGGGAGUUCGUGGACCUUUAUGUCCCUCGGAAAUGCUCUGCUAGCAACCGAAUCAUUGGUGCUAAGGAUCAUGCUUCCAUUCAGAUAAACAUUUCUGAGGUGGACAAGGUGACAGGCAGAGUGAAUGGCCAGUUCAAGACUUACGCCAUCUGCGGCCCCAUCCGGAGAAUGGGUGAAUCAGAUGACUCCAUUUUGCGUCUGGCAAAAAAUGAUGGAAUUGUUUCCAAGAACUUUUAACUGAAGAAACUCCAGCGUGGAACAUGUGAAAUAAACAGUUCAAAACUAUA